AUGCUGCAACGGACGGCGACCGGGACCUGGAUGCCCGCUUGGGUACCAGAGUCUACCGUCACUCUCUCCGUCCUUCUUCUGAUAUGCUCCAUGGUCCAGUCAUGCGUCAGUGCUUCGACGUCUCCUUUCGCAGGUUUUCGCUGACGCAGGGGAUAGACUGGCGGCUAUGAUGGCUCCAUGCUCAACGGGCUGAAUAUUUUGGACACCUACACAAAUUACUUCAGACUCACUCCGGCAACGACAGGAUUGAACACCGCCUCGGUCUUCAUCGGUGGCUUCUUCGGACCCAUCUUCUCGGGUGUCAUUGCGGAUCGUCUAGGCCGCCGCCCUGCGAUCCUCUGGGGCUCUCUGAUCACGUUUGUCGGCAUCCUGUUACAAACCGCCGCCCAGAACAUCGCCAUGUUCGUAGUGGCGAGAAUCAUCCUGGGAUUCGGAUCCGCCAUAUCGGGGAUCGCAGGCGCGGUUUAUCUCUCCGAGACCUUCCCGAGUAGAUGGCGUACGUGGGGAGUUGGCCUGCUGAACGAUUUCUAUUACGUGGGUGCUCUGCUGGCAGCGGGCAUCACGCUCGGGACGGGGCGGUGGCAGUCCACUUGGGCGUGGAGAGCGCCUUCACUCUUCCAAGGCAUCUUCUCUGGCCUCUGUAUUCUCAUCUUGCCCUUCAUUCCCGAAUCGCCUCGCUGGCUCGUGGCAAAUGGGCAUACAAAGGAAGCACGGAUCUGUCUGGCCCAGACCAACGCAAGCGGAGAUCUGUCUGACCCGGUCGUGCUCGCCGUCUACAAAGAGAUCGUGGAUACCCUGAGAUGGGAGAAGGAGGAGAAAGGCGUGAUGACUCCUCUGCAGAUCGCCAAGGACCCGGUGGCUCGAAAGCGUCUCCUCGUCGGCAUGUCGGCCGGUCCUUUCUCCUGCAUCGCCGGCAACAUCAUCGCCUCUUACUACCUCGGAGCCGAACUGGACACCGCCGGCAUCACCUCGUACCAAGACCAGCUGAAAGCCAACGUGGUCCUGAACGCGUGGAGCCUACUCACCUGUCUCGUCGGGACGCACAUGUGCUACAAAUGGGGCCGCAAGCCCACCGCGCUCGUCACGCAGUGUCUCCUCGUGGCAUGCCUGUUCAUCAUCGGCGGCCUGUCGAAGGUCUACGCGGACAAUCCGGACGGCGCGUCUUCGAGCAUCAUCUACGGCGACGUGGCCGUCAUGUUUCUCUUCCAGGGCUUCUAUUCCGUGGCGUGGACGCCAUUGCUCUACCUGUACCCGGCCGAGGUCAUGAACUACUCAAUCCGAGCCAACGGGUCGGCAUUCUCAUCGUUCAUGCUCAAUGCUUUGGCGUAAGUAUCUCGAACACCAAAUUCAACGUACGUUGAUCUGACAUGUCUUUAUAGGACGCUUCUCGUCUUCGUCAUGCCCAUCGGUAUCGCCAACAUCGGCUGGAAGAUGUACAUGAUCAACGGAGGCUGGGACAUUAUCGUGGUGGUUCUGAUUGUGAGUUAUUCUUCCUUCGCUCGCGCGAUAUCGAUUGCUAACUCUAGAAUAGGCUGUCUAUUGGGUCGAGACGAAAGGCAAGACGCUCGAGGAGAUCGAUGCUCUCUUCGAAGGCACGAAGCACUCGGAUGUACCCGAUGUGGAGGCCGUCAGGAGCGGCAAGGCGACGCUCGAUGUCGCUGGCGUGGAGAAGGAGCUGGCCACAGAGACGGUCAUGAUGAAGACGGAGUGA